UGGUGCGCGAGCGGGCCGGCAGCAGUGGGUGGGACUGGGUUUAGUCCUAGACCUAGGGGCUGGGGCCGCCUCCCGACGCCCAUCUGCUGGCGUUUCUCCUUCCGUAGAUUUGGGGGAGCAGCGGCGACCUCGGCCUCCAGUGUCUCCCGGGAACUGACGCGGGGUGGCCGCCAGGAUGGUGUUACUGGGCUUACUGCAAGCGGGCGGGUCGGUGCUGGGGCAGGCGAUGGAGCAGGUAACGGGCGGCAACCUCCUAUCCAUGCUGCUCGUCGCCUGCGCCUUCACGCUUAGCCUGGUCUACCUGCUUCGCCUCGCCAUCGGCCACCUGGCCCCACUGCCGGCUGGGUCGAAAAGUCCACCAUACAUUUUCUCUCCAAUUCCAUUCCUUGGACAUGCUAUAGCAUUUGGGAACAGUCCAAUUGAAUUCCUUGAAAAUGCAUAUGAGAAGUAUGGACCUGUAUUUAGUUUUACCAUGGUGGGCAAGACAUUUACCUACCUUCUGGGGAGUGAAGCUGCUGCGCUGCUUUUUAAUAGUAAAAAUGAAGACCUGAAUGCAGAAGAUGUCUACAGCCGUCUGACCACACCCGUGUUUGGGAAGGGAGUUGCAUACGAUGUGCCUAAUCCAGUUUUCUUGGAGCAAAAGAAAAUGUUAAAAAGUGGCCUUAACAUAGUCCACUUUAGACAGCACGUUUCUAUAAUUGAAAAAGAAACAAAGGAAUACUUUCAAAGCUGGGGAGAAAGUGGAGAAAAAAAUUUGUUUGAAGCGCUUUCUGAGCUCAUAAUUUUAACCGCUAGCCAUUGUUUACAUGGGAAGGAAAUCAGAAGUCAACUCAGUGAGAAGGUGGCACAACUGUAUGCAGAUUUGGAUGGAGGUUUUAGCCACGCAGCCUGGCUGUUGCCAGGCUGGCUCCCCUUGCCCAGUUUCAGACGCAGGGACAGAGCUCAUCGAGAGAUCAAGAAUAUUUUCUACAAGACAAUCCAGAAACGCAGACAGUCAAAAGAAAAAAUUGAUGACAUUCUCCAAACUUUGCUAGAUUCUACUUACAAGGAUGGGCGUCCUCUGACAGAUGAUGAAGUAGCAGGCAUGCUUAUUGGACUGCUCUUGGCAGGGCAGCAUACAUCCUCAACGACCAGUGCCUGGAUGGGCUUCUUUUUGGCCAGAGACAAAACACUUCAAGAAAAAUGUUAUUUAGAACAGAUAACAGUCUGCGGAGAGGAUCUGCCUCCUUUAAAUUAUGACCAGCUCAAAGAUCUAAAUUUACUUGAUCGCUGCAUAAAAGAAACGUUAAGACUUCGACCUCCUAUCAUGACCAUGAUGAGACUGGCCAAAACUCCUCAGACUGUGGCUGGGUAUAUCAUUCCUCCAGGACAUCAGGUGUGUGUUUCUCCCACUGUCAAUCAAAGGCUUAAAGACUCAUGGGUAGAACGUCUGGACUUUAAUCCUGAUCGCUACUUACAGGACAAUCCAGCAUCAGGAGAGAAGUUUGCCUAUGUGCCAUUUGGAGCUGGGCGCCAUCGUUGUAUUGGGGAGAAUUUUGCCUAUGUUCAAAUUAAGACAAUUUGGUCCACUAUGCUUCGUUUAUAUGAAUUUGAUCUCAUUGAUGGAUAUUUUCCCACUGUGAAUUAUACGACCAUGAUUCACACUCCUGAAAACCCAGUUAUCCGAUACAAACGAAGAUCAAAAUGAAAAAGGCUACAAGGAACUGAUACGUGAUACAUCACUGUAAACUGCAAAAGCCUUGAUUGAAGAGAAUGAAGUUUAUCAAAAACCCCCAGUGUAUUAUUUUUUGAGUGUGUAAUUUUAAAAGACAGCCAGCUUAAUGGUUUUUAUAUUUUAACUGAAUUCUAUGAAAUCUAAUGGCAUUUCAAGAAAUUUCCUAAUAGUUUUAUGAUGGAUAUUUACUACUUCUUUUACUUAAUGAAAUUAUAAGCUCAUCAGUCUGCAGGGAGGGAACAGAAUCUUUGGUAAUUGGCAGAUUCUAAAUAACACAAUUUCCAGGUAUUAAUUUUAAUACAUAGCUGUUGGCAAGUAAGUUUAGGGUAUUCAAAUUUGGACUAGAUGUGCAAGUAUAAAAACCCACUGCAAUUCGUGGAAGGCUUAGGUUAUUUAUUCAUUUGCUGGGUAAUGUAUUUAUGUGUGAGGAUGGGUGGGCAGGUAAUAAACUCACAUUUAAAGCUUUGGCUAAAAGAGAAUCCUACAGUUUUGGUAUGAUGAUACUUAGCAAAGAUGGAGCUAUGUUGCAGGAAGAUACGUCCUUUGAAAUUUUAACUGGAAGCACUGUCUAUAGGAAACUGAGAGAGAUCUAUGACAAUGACUUAAUUAUAUUUCCUAAAAAAUAAUUAAUAUUAAAGGCUGCUCCUGUAACUUGAUCUAAUUACUAAAUGUUACAUAGUUAUCUGCCUGAUAAAUUUGUAUCUGGUUCCACAUCUUGACAUAUGUAAGUCCAAAAUUAUCCCCUUGUGGGAUAAUUUAAUUUUUGUUCCCUUUGGCUCAAGGUGGUUCCCGCAUCCUCUCCAGAAUCUAAUUAUGUUAAGGGAUGUAUGUUAAGUAGUUCUGUUAAUUUAGGUUAACAGCUUUUUAAAAAAAAAAUACAAAAUCUGAGAUCAGGGAACUCUGGCUUUAAGAUAGGGUAAUAGGAAGCAGGGACCUUGGGAGUGUAUCACUGGUCUGAUUCUGUGAAGCCUGUGUUCAAGAAUCAAAUUAUAACUGGCAACCUCAAAUUAUUAUGAUACACAUAAUUUAACCAGAAAGAUGUGGCAAAGUAUUUUCCCUUAUGUAUUUUACAGUUUGGUUUAAAAGGCUGGAGGACUCAUGUUAAACUCCAUUUGUGAAGGCAAAAUCUCUGCUAUUGAGUUUUUCACAUUAAAAUUACCUUUGAGAAUA